AUGCCCUCCGCCUCGUCGGGCGUCUCAUCGCAGUCGAGAAGAAAGCUCAAGGCUUUUGCAUUCGAUGAAAGGCUGCUGGCUAGUGAUGAAGACAAGGAGAACCAAAAGGAUCAAAAGAAUACUCUGAGGAAACCCGAGUCCGAUGAUCCUGACCUUCUCCGCCAGCACGAGGUACCCGAACCCAGAGUUCCCCAUACACCUGCAGUGCGCAUUCCCAUCGAAGACCUCAUCGCAAAUACCGAAGAUGCGUACAAUUGCACUCCACCAAUAAACACCCCGAAAGACCACGUUCUUUGGCAGACACAUCCGGACAGCUCAGAUGUUUCGAUAGCGGCUGGCGCCACACAAAGAAGCAGAAAACGCGCUCACAGUUCGUCGCCCUUCUCCUCACAGCAGCUUUCCGUGCACAAAGAUGCCUUGAACCUUGACGCCUUGAACAAGUCCCUUCGCACUCCCAACAAUGACCCCACACAAGAUCUAUGGAAUAGAUACACGAAUGCCAAUGGAUUGAAGAAAGAUGCAAAAGAGCCGACUUUGCCCUCACAUAUUCAUUUGCUUCCUUCAUCGCCCCAAACACCAAGUACCACCAGUAAGGAUAGCGGCUUGAGACGAACACACAGCUGCGGAAUCGAGUGGCCUACAUCAAAAGCGAAGCGCAGAAAGGUAGAGACGACCGCGCACCACAGCCGCACCAAGGAGCUUUUUGCUGCUUCUCGCAAGGAUAUUCUACGCCGUGACCUUCCUAAUAAUACUCGGGUCGGACUUCUGCUCGAGAGGAUCCAGGAAAGUUUGACCAAAAAGGUUGACGCUGCUGAAAGUCCCUCAAGCUCCUCGCCACUUCCGGACAGACGCUCUCAGGCGUUUGUAUCGCCAACGAAGCCGACAAACAGGAUCAGACAGGUGUCUGAUGGUCUUGUAGAUACGGCUCGCUCUCCCCGAAAAGUCCCAUCGGGAAAAGUUGCGAUUCCGUCCGAAAUAUCAUUCUCGUCCGAGUUCAGCGAUGAUGGUCUCGAUAUCGAGGCUUUCGAGAGUGUUGAGUGGGCCCUUGAACAAGCCGAGGCGAAGGACAAAACAAGUCAUGUCGUAUCGAAUCACAAUGAGAACGGCCUGAAUACACGGCCUAAUAUUCACUCUUACGAUGAGGCCAGGUCUCUCCAGCUUGAUGGAUCAAGGGAUCAAAGGGGAAGGCCGCAAAACGAGAAUGAUGAGUUAAUCUUGCAGUCGGAGCAUACUGCCACAGAAUUCGAUGAAUUUGAUGAUGACGAUGACGACGAAGAAUUGAUGAAUGAGAUGCUUGAUCUUGCAGCUCAGUAUGAUUCACCAUCGCAAGCAGUGGCGACCAAGCCGCAAGCCCCUGGGAAACCGACUUCGGGGACCAAUCCACAAUCCAAGUACCUUGAAACACUGGAUGAAUUUCAAGACGCCUUUGAUGAUGAUGAUGAUUUCUGGGAGGACAUUGCAAAUGCCACCUGUGGGGAGGGAAGGACACCGAUCGCAUCCAAAGAUCAUACAUCAAUUGACAAUCGAGCCAUCAAACGGUAUCUCAUUAUGGAGGUCUUUGAGAGUGAAUAUGAAUACAAGCCUGGACGUAGACGACCUGAGAAAGUGCUCUCAGUCAAAGAUGAGAGAUCCGGCAUGUGCUAUAUCAUUCUAUUGCGAGAAUCCUGGUACGAUACGAGAUGCACCAAAGGAUCUUAUGUUCACGUCAUUGGCAAAUUCGGUCAUACGGGUCAAUGCAUUGUCAAUGAUGCCGACAACAUGAUCAUACUCCAUCCUGACCAUCUUAUUUCCUCAACUGUUGUUGGAGAUUCCUUCACCUGCAUGCGACGUGCCGUUCUCCAAGACAGAGUGAAAGCUACCAGCGCAGCCAGCCAGCCUCAGGUGUACGGCCAUAUUCUGCACGAAGUGUUCGGACGUGCUUUGCGGAUAAACAAAUGGGACAUGCAGUCGUUCAGAGAGAUCGUCGACAAGACUCUUUCGUCUUACAUCGAGUCGCUCUAUGAGAUCGGUGUCCGCGUUCAGGACGCGACUGAGUAUCUUCUAGGAAAGACACCGGAACUAAUGGCAUGGGCUAGUGUCUUUGUCGGAGAUACCCUCUCUGCUGAUGCUCUCAUUCGUGAUCGGAACGGCCUUCUGGUUCCUGCCACUGUCAAUAAAUUGCUCGAACUGGAAGAACAUAUCUGGUCUCCCAUGUAUGGUCUCAAAGGGAACAUCGACGCCACAGUCCAAGUACAGAUGAAGUUGCCGCAUGAACAAUCACCCAGGACUCUGUUGGUGCCCUUCGAACUGAAAACUGGUAAGAAGGACAACGUGGAGCAGCAUCGUGUCCAAACAGCGCUUUACACUCUGCUCUUAUCAGACAGAUACGAUAUCGUUGUGACAUGCGGCGUGCUAUACUACAUGGAAACUUCUAAAACAUACAGGGUUGAAGGCAUCAGAAACGAGAUUCGCCACAUGAUCAUUCAACGAAACGAAUUGGCAUGCUUUGUUCAUGACAAGUUAGCUCUGCCGCCAAUGAUUAAGAAACAACAUCUCUGCAAAAGCUGCUACUCCAAGGCGGCCUGUUUCACGUACCACAAGUUGUCCGAAAAUGGUACCACAGAAACCAGUGGUCUGGGUGAGAAGUUCAGCGAAGUCGUCGACCACCUGUCCGCAGCCCAUCAGUCUUUCUUCAAGAAGUGGGAUGAUUUGCUCACGAAGGAAGAACGUGAUACCAUGAAAUUCCGCCGCGAGCUUUGGACAAUGCUGAGUUCAGAACGCGAGGCAGUUGGGCGUUGCUUCUCAGAGGUAGUGAUUCAGCCUGGAUCGGCAUUUGAAAAUCCUGAAAGCUCCAAGAUCAACCGAUUUGAGUACACUUUUGUCAAGCAUAUGCCUCGUCCCGGCUUCUCUUUUAGAGAGUCACAGAUUACCACCGGAGAGCCAAUUGUAAUAUCGGACGAGAAAGGACAUUUCAACUUUGCAGCCGGCUUUGUUACAAAUGUACAGCCCUCUAGAGUUGUGGUUGCGGUCGACCGGAGACUCGAACGUGCACUGAGAAAAUGGGGAAGCUUCGACCCAGUCACUAAUCAAGUAUUUUCUAGUCAUGUCAACGUGACUGAGGAUGGCAACUCCCCGUCUUCGCAACCUGACGGCCCCAUCCUCUACCGAAUCGACAAGGAUGAGUUUGCGAAUGGGAUGGCUACAGCGCGGAACAACAUCCUUCGAAUGAUGGAAAAAGAUCUCUGGCGCGCACGAGAGCUUCGCCAAUUGAUUAUCGAGAACAAGCGUCCAGAUUUCAAGGCCAGUUCAACAGCGUACACGCUAUCUGGACCAGCCUCUCAACAAAAUCUCAAUGUCGAUCAGCAACGAGCCAUUGAGAAGGUUAUGGCCGCAAAGGACUAUGCCCUCGUCCUCGGAAUGCCGGGUACGGGAAAAACCACAACCAUUGCUCACAUCAUCCGAGCGCUUGUGUCUCAAGGCAAAUCAGUACUUCUUGCAUCGUACACACAUACUGCGGUGGACAACAUCCUGUUGAAGAUCAAGGAUGAUAACAUUCCCGUCCUACGAAUUGGAGCGGCCAACAAAGUGCAUCCGGAGGUGCAGUCAUUUGCAGACAUCUCAGGGCUUCCCAAACGCACGACAGAGGAGCUUCACAUCUCCUGGCACGAAAGUAAAAUCGUGGCAACUACUUGCCUCAGUGUCAAUCAUGGCAUUUUCAACGCCCGGACAUUUGACUACUGCAUCGUGGACGAAGCUUCUCAGAUCACUUUACCAGUGUGCUUGGGACCAAUUCGAAUGGCGAGAACUUUUAUCCUCGUGGGUGACCACUAUCAGCUACCGCCUCUAGUCCAGAAUAAACAGGCUUUAGAGGGCGGCCUAGAUGUAAGUCUCUUCAAAUUGUUAUCUGACGCGCAGCCAGAUUCUGUGGUCAACCUGGAACACCAGUAUCGAAUGGCAGAAGAUAUCAUGCUUCUAUCGAGGGAACUUGUCUACUCGGGUCGGAUCAAAUGCGGCAGUGAAGCCGUCGCCGGUCGAAUGCUGGAAAUCCCAGACCUUGACGGUGGGGUUGCCGCUCAUCAUUUCACCGCUUCUUCCCUAGCAAAGUCCAGUCCACAGACAGUCUGCCUCGCCAAUGCCGGUUGUUGGCUCCGACGCGCCCUCUCACCUUCCUCUCGCUGCCUCUUCCUCAAUACCGACAGCAUCAUACCUAGCGGUGUGGCACGAGAAACCGUGACCGGUGCACGGAUCACCAAUAAUGUCGAAGCAAUCCUUACUGCACAGCUAGUCACCACGUUAAUUCACGCCGGCGUCGCGCCCCGCUCCAUCGGCGUCAUCACUUUCUAUCGCUCCCAACUUGCCGUCUUAAGAACCGAUGUGAGAGCCUUCGCUGGGUCUGUUGCGGCCGGCGAGGUGGAAAUGCACACCGCAGAUAAAUAUCAAGGGCGAGACAAGGAGGUCGUGAUAUUGAGUUGUGUACGAAGCAACGAGAGUCAUCAUGUGGGAGACCUCCUCAAAGAUUGGCGACGGGUGAAUGUCGCGGUAACCAGGGCGAGGAGUAAGUUGUUGCUUGUGGGGAGUAAGAGCACAUUGGAAGGGAGCGGUGUGCCUAUCUUGGAAGGAUUGACGAGGAUUAUGGAGCAGAAGGGAUGGGUAUUGGAGAUGCCAGGUGAAGCUUGUGAGAUGCAUUGCUUCGAGAGUGCCAUCACUCAGACUAAUGGCCGUACUGCGCAAAUUUGUAGUGCUGGUGGACUUGUUGGAGCGCAGGAAGCGAGGGGUUCAUCACCAUCACCGUCCGCGCAGAAGAAAUGGGCGAUGAAGCAGGCGAGCGAAGGCAACUCCGCUUACGUGAGUCCUAGAAAAAAGCAGAAGCAAGGCACCUCUAGAAAGCCGGACAAGGUUGUCAGAGGAACUGGGCUGGUCGGUGGCCCUGAUGGCGGGCUGCAGAAGUUGUUGGAUAAAAGACCCGUCUUGCGGGAUGUACUGAACGAGCUCGUUGGUGAUGGGUGCGGAAACGAGUUGGACAAGGAGAAUAUCAAUUUGGAUGCAGAUCCAUAUGUGGACAUGGACAUGGAUGCGGAUUUCGACCCUGUGGAUUUUGGAGUAUACUGA